GAGAGAGAGAGAGAGAGAGGGAGGGAGGAAGAGGGGGUGGGGGGAGAGAGAGAGGGAGUAAAGAGACGGAGGACGGACGCUCGUGACGUGUGGUGUAUUUUGGGAAGAGUUUCUCUCGGGAAGAGAAUUAGGCCUGGUGCGAAUUAGAUCUGCGAUGGAGAGGGACUUUCUGGGACUAAAUGCCCAGGAUUCCGGGCCGCCGCCGAAGGAGGACGGCAGGGGGAGCCGCCAGGAUUCAGUCUACAUGGGAAGUUCUGCCAUGCAGUGGCCUUUCUUGAACAAGACCGCUGCUAUGCAGCCGUUUAUGUCCUUCAAACAACAUGAAGAGAGGCCAAGGAAGAUUGUAUUUGAUCAGUUCUCUUCUGGAUUUCAGCCAAUAUCUACUGUCGAUGCCUUUGAGACCAGUUACAAGUCCUCCCUUGCAUUAGCACCACAGAAAUCCUUCAGUCUUGAUAGACAAGGCAUCCACCAAUAUGGCAUUCAUGCGAGCUCCUUUGGUGCUUCUGCUCACCAGUCAAACGAGCCUAGAAUGUUCCCAGUCGUUGCACAUCACUCCAUCCCGGUUGCCACGAGCGGCCCUUUCUUCAAGGUCCAAGGUGCACCAAGUGGUCCAAAUCUUGCAGUCACCCCAUUAAAGCCGCAGCCUUUUGGAGGGCUUGCAGUCAGUGCCCCUGUUGGGGGUUCUGUGGUUGGAGCCCUUGCUCAAAGGAGUGGAACCAAGCCAGCUUCCACUACUGCACAGUUAACAAUAUUUUAUGCGGGUGCGGUGAAUGUCUAUGACGAUGUCCCACUGGACAAGGCUCAAGCAAUUAUGUUGCUAGCAAGCAAGGGAUCUAAUGUGACCUCGAAUGCUGCAAAUCCACGAUAUGAAGCACCUGCAUCGGUCCUGACAAAAGUAGCAGGAUCUGAUGGUUUAAGUACAAAUCAGAACCAGACCCCUACACCGAGCCAUGUGGCUUCACCUUGCUCGGGCCUUUCUAGCCCGCUAUCAGUUGCUUCUCAAACAGGGCCUCACUCUGGUAGUCGUUCUGCUGCCAAUGAUGAUACUGCUGUAGUUAAAUCUCUUGGUUUAUUGGCUCCCACAAGCCAAACUGAGCCUUCAAAAACUCUCACUGCUGCAUCAGGCUCUACUUCUGCUGAAACUAUCAUGCCAAGAGCUGUACCCCAAGCUCGGAAGGCAUCAUUAGCCCGGUUCUUGGAGAAAAGAAAGGAAAGGGUGACAAGUGUGAUGCCUUACUCUUGCGUCAAGAAAUCCCCAGAAAAUGCUGCAGGCCUUGAGUCUGCUAAUGUAUCCAGCAAAUCCUCAUCAGUCGAUAUUGCCUUGUCAAGCAAUCGGGAGGAUUCGUGGUGUUUGGGCCAACAGAAGAAUAGUGCAGAUAGCGGGGAGUCCCCAAGUACAAAAUUAGAGAUAUGAGCUUAUUUAUAUAUUUCGACAUCCCCUUCUUUCUGCAACUGCAGUCUGCCAUUCAUUUGGGAUCCUCAGAUUGUUAUAAUGUAUUUGGUUAUGUCGAAGUCUUCUGUCUCUGAAUGCAAUCAGAGAAGUUCAACAACUAACGAGAGAGCUAUAAUGUAAAACUUCAAUUAUUUUUGCUCCUUCUAUUCCCUAUUGCUGUAUUGUAGAAACAAUACUGAUUACUUAGAUAUUUCUACUGCCGGUGGUAUAUGAUGAAAUGGGGACAAUGCCUAAUUUCCUUUU